UAUACUACAAUAAAAGAAAGCCCGUCAAUAUGGGUGGGCGGAUUUUCAAAGGAAAGAAAAUGAAAAUCAACAAUUGAUGGCAAAGAAUAGCAGUGCCGAAAGAUGUCGCUGGCGAGAAUCUCAAUCCCUCGAUUAUUCUUAUUAAAAUCCGUCCCCACUAGUAGUCGUACUACUCGACUCCGCUCCUCUUGGACUCCUCCCAGAUCUCAGCUCCUCUCUCCUCCAACAACUACCACCACCGCUCCUUCUCUCGCCCUCCGCACCGCCUUCUUAUCGUCUCUUUCUUCCCCCCGCCGUUGCCUUUGUUCCAGCACCGCCAUGGGUGACGCCGCCGUCGAUGCAGGGAUGGACGAGGUCCAGAGGCGCCUCAUGUUCGAAGACGAAUGUAUUUUGGUUGAUGAGAAUGAUCGUGUUGUUGGUCAUGAUACCAAAUACAAUUGCCACUUGAUGGAAAAAAUUGAAGCUGAAAAUUUGCUGCACAGAGCUUUCAGUGUAUUUCUGUUUAACUCAAAAUAUGAGUUACUGCUUCAGCAAAGGUCUGCAACAAAGGUAACUUUCCCUCUGGUGUGGACAAACACUUGCUGCAGCCAUCCACUGUACCGAGAAUCUGAGCUUAUUGACCAGAAUGCUCUUGGUAUCUCCCUCUCCUCUAUUUCUGUUUACACAUUCUUCAACACACGUAAUCUCAUCCUGCAGGACUUCCUGACUUUGAUUUCUAACACUUCUUCAGGGGUAAGAAAUGCUGCACAAAGGAAGCUUUUGGAUGAACUGGGUAUUCCUGCUGAAGAUGUGCCAGUUGAUCAGUUCACCCCACUAGGGCGCAUGCUCUACAAGGCACCAUCUGAUGGGAAGUGGGGAGAGCAUGAACUUGACUACCUUCUCUUCAUUGUCCGGGAUGUUAACGUGCAUCCGAACCCUGAUGAAGUUGCGGACAUCAAAUAUGUGAAUCGGGAGGAGUUGAAAGAACUGCUAAGAAAAGCAGAUGCUGGUGAGGGGGGUUUGAAGCUUUCUCCAUGGUUCAGAUUAGUUGUGGACAACUUCUUGUUCAAGUGGUGGGACCACGUCGAGAAAGGGACGAUCCAGGAAGCUGCUGACAUGAAAACCAUUCACAAGUUGACUUAAAUUGGAUCUUGCUAAUCUCCAGUGGCUUCAACAAUAUAAAUUUGCAUUUCAGUUUGCAGGUAAAUAAGCUGUUUCGCAGAUAUGCCAGUGAGUUACAGUCACCUAAUUAUGUUCCGUUCUAUUCUUGCCCGGAAGAAUGUCUGUAUGUUUUGUUUGUUAUACAGUGGCUUAUGGUCUUAUGGUUGAGAGCUGAACAAAAACUUUGUCCUAGUAUGUGUGAUUUGAUUUGGAUUUUGAUCGUAAACUUCGGCUGUUUCCAUUUUUACUUGAAUAAAUGUUGUUUCUCCUGGCAAUAUUGGAGAUUUGAUUUGGAUUUUGACCGUAAACUUCCGGUUGUUUCCAUUUGUGUUCAAAUGAAUAUUGUUUCUCCUGGCAAUGUAGGAAAAUUUGAUUCA